AUGUAUACACAACCGUGCGAGCUACUAGCUGCCGAAAACGAGUACAUAGAUCCGACUCCUGACCUGCAUUCGCUCUUCCUGGAAUACAAUCGCAUGUUCUUUGAAGGGCGACUAUCCGGCUGUGAAGUAAAGUGGAGUAAGCGCAUGACGCUCUGUGCGGGACUGUGCACGUUCCAGCCUCGUAGUGGGUUUUGUUCCAUUCGACUAAGUGAACCGUUGUUAAAGCUACGGCCUCGAAGUGAUCUGGUCAACACUUUGCUGCAUGAAAUGAUCCACGCGUACGUUUUCGUGGCGACUCCCGUGCGAGAUCAUGAUGACCAUGGUCCACUUUUCCAGGGACACAUGAACCGGAUCAACAAAGCAGCGCAGACCAAGAUUACGGUUUUCCACACUUUUCACGACGAAGUAGACUCGUACCGUCAACAUGUGUGGCAGUGCAAUGGUUCGUGUCGGCGGACUCCACCGUACUUUGGCCUUGUCAAAAGGUCCAUGAAUCGCGCUCCAGGACCGACUGAUCGCUGGUGGGCUGACCACAAACAGCGCUGCGGAGGGAGCUACAGCAAAAUUAAAGAACCGGCGGAGUUCACGGCAAAGCAGGCAAAGAAAAAGGAGAGAGAAGCUAUUCGUGAGGAAAAGCAAAAGCAGAAAGACAGGAAAGCAAAGGCGGCAGUGAGUGUGAAAGAGUUUUUUCCGUUGAUCAAGCAGAACACUGACGACGACAACUUGACUGGAACGGCACGUAGCGAUGCCAGACUCCCACUUGUGGGGAAGAAGGCCACGCGUCAGCAUGAUACUGACGUUCAGAACAAGAAGAAGCGAAGAGAGAAGUUUGUAGGCGUUGGUGAAAUUAUGGCCCAGCCAACGCCAGAGAUUUCGACCUUCGCUUCAGUCGUUUUCGCUGCAGACGGAGAUCAUGACGGGUAUUUCUUAGUUGGUGACAUCCGAGCGCUCAUUCCGACAUUUCCAGCACAGCCGCCGAAUCGUGUCAAUCGAGAAGACAAUCGUCGUGAAGCAUCUGAGAAGGUUGGAGGUGACGGAAGUAUUUGUGCGACAAGCACCAGUGCACAGGUUGCAGGACCUUCUGCUACCGUGGAUUUAACCGUAUUGGACAGUGAUACGAGUGAUGACGAGCAGGUGGAAAUUGCUGCUUUGACGAAGCUGUCUCGAGGUACUGCGGACAGUAGACCGGCUGCAAGCACAAGAAACGUGGACGUCAUCGAACUUGAAUGA